CUGUAAUUUUAUUCCGAUCGCCGAGCAGAACGCUGUAUUUCAAUGUACGAGAAUUUUGCGCAUUUUUUCGGCCGGGCUGUGGAAACGAUCUAUACGUGCCAAGUGGAUAGUGAAACGAUAAAGCCAAAUCGUUUAGAUAGCAAUAUAGCCGAAAUCCGGUUGUAUUUCAUGUAUCAUCCGCGGGUGCAGAGUAGCAACAAGUGGUGGCACAAACAAAAUCAACUGAAAAAAUGUCUCGUCACGAAAAAACCAAGUCCACGGGUGGUGGCAUCUUGGAGAGUCUCUUUGGAAGACCCUCAAAAUCGAAGGGAGGAAGCAUCAACAGUGGCACCCUCACCCAUGGCGGUAGGCCCGUAUCCUCCGAGAACGAUCCCGUCCAGGGUGUGGAGGACUGGAAGGAGUAUAUUCAGAGCCUCAGCGAGGAGGAGAUAAAUGCCAAGUUUCUGGAAAUCAUCGAUGACAUGAACAUACCGAAGGACAAGCGGGAACCGUUGCUGGCCAAGACAAAGUCACAGCGUCAGGAUAUGAUAUUGUGGCAUCUAAAAGGCAAGAACUCACUGGAGCGCAGCGCCAACUCCCGCUUCGAGAAGCCCUCGGACUACGUGGAAUACCUGCAGAAUGGAGAGCACAGCGAGCACAAGGUUUACCAGUGCGUGGAAUCGCUUCGCGUGGCCCUCACCAGCAACCCGAUCUCGUGGAUCAAGGAGUUCGGGGUGUCGGGCAUCGGUCAGAUCGAGAAGCUAUUGUCGCGCUCCAAAAAGGAUCGCACCUCGGACAGGAUCGAGUUUGAGGCGAUUCGAUGCCUGAAGGCUAUCAUGAACAAUACCUGGGGCCUGAAUGUCGUCCUCAAUCCGGAUCAGCAUAGUGUGUUGCUGCUGCUGGCCCAGUCCCUGGAUCCCCGCAAGCCGCAGACCAUGGGCGAGGCUCUCAAGUUGUUGGCUUCAUUCUGUCUAGUCAACGAGCGAAAUGGCUACGAGAAGGUGCUGAGAGCCAUUACCACCAUAGCAUCCACCUCCUUCAAGGCCAGCGAGCGCUUCCGUCCGAUUGUGGAUGCCCUGUUCGUGACAGACAAGGCGGAUCCUAAGAAGGAACUGGCCUGCCACAGCUUGAUUUUCAUCAACACCCUCACGAACACGCCCACGGACCUGAACUUCCGGCUGCAUCUGCGCUGUGAGAUUAUGCGAAUGGGUCUCUACGAUCACCUGGACGACUUCAACAAAAUAGUGGAGGCCAGCAACAACGAUGCACUGCAGGAUCACUUCAAGAUCUUCAACGAAAGCCGCGAGGAUGACUUCGAGGAGUUUGUCCAGCGCUUCGAUAGUGUCACCUUCAACAUGGACGAUGCCACGGACUGCUUCGAGGUGCUGAAGAACCUGGUCACCGACACCACAUCCGAGCCCUACUUCCUGUCCAUCCUGCAGCAUCUGCUGUACAUCAGAGACGACUUCUACUUCCGACCAGCCUACUACCAGCUGAUUGAGGAGUGCAUCUCGCAGAUUGUCUUCCACAAGGGUUACUGUGACCCCAAUUUCGAGAACAGGGACUUCAAAAUAGACACCUCGCUGCUGCUGGACGAGAUGGUGGAAAAGUCCAAGGCCAAGGAGGCCAAGAAGGCUGAGGAGUACGAGAAGAAGAUCGAGCUGCUGGUAAGCGCGAAGCAGGAGGCGGAAGCCAAGGCCGCUCAUCUCGAGGAGAAAGUCAAGCUGAUGGAGGCGAAUGGUGUGGCGGCUCCGUCGCCAAAUAAGUUGCCGAAAGUCAACAUACCCAUGCCGCCGCCACCGCCAGGAGGAGGCCCUCCACCUCCGCCCCCACCACCCAUGCCAGGUAGGGCGGGUGGCGGUCCACCACCACCUCCGCCACCUCCAAUGCCGGGUAUGGGUGGAGGACCACCUCCUCCGCCCCCCAUGCCCGGUAUGGGUAGGGGUGGACCACCGCCACCACCUAUGCCGGGUAUGAUGCGUCCUGGAGGCCCGCCACCACCGCCCAUGAUGCUGGUACCCGUACUUCCGCACGGUCUAAAGCCCAAGAAGAAGUGGGAGGUCAAAAAUCCAAUGAAACGGGCAAACUGGAAGGCCAUCGCUCCCAAUAACAUGUCGGAGAAGGCCUUUUGGGUCAAGUGCCAGGAGGAUAAGCUGGCCCAGGAGGAAUUCCUAGCCGAGGUGGCUAUGAAGUUCUCCUCCAAGCCGGUCAAGAAGGAGCAAAAGGAUGCAGUGGACAAGCCGACGACGCUGACCAAGAAGAACGUCGAUCUGCGCGUGCUGGAUGGCAAGACGGCCCAGAAUCUGGCCAUCAUGCUGGGUGGCUCCCUGAAACACCUGUCCUACGAACAGAUUAAGAUAUGUCUGCUGCGCUGCGACACCGCCAUCCUCUCGAGCAACAUCCUGCAGCAACUUAUCCAAUACCUGCCGCCUCCAGAGCAACUCAAGCGUCUGCAGGAGAUUAAGGCGAAGGGAGAACCCUUGCCACCAAUUGAACAAUUUGCAGCUACCAUAGGUGAAAUCAAACGUCUGUCGCCACGUCUCCAUAACCUGAACUUUAAGCUAACCUACGCGGACAUGGUGCAGGAUAUAAAACCGGAUAUUGUGGCUGGAACGGCGGCAUGCGAGGAAGUGCGAAACAGCCAGAAGUUCUCCAAGAUCCUGGAACUUAUUCUCCUGCUCGGAAACUACAUGAAUUCGGGUUCCAAAAACGAAGCGGCUUUUGGCUUUGAAAUCAGUUAUCUCACCAAGCUGACCAACACAAAGGACGCGGACAACAAGCAGACACUGCUACACUAUUUGGCUGACUUGGUGGAGAAGCGCUUCCCCGAUGCCCUCAACUUCUAUGACGAUCUCUCGCACGUGGACAAGGCGUCGAGGGUGAACAUGGAUGGCAUUCAGAAGUCGAUGCGUCUUAUGAACUCGGCUGUAAAGAAUCUGGAAACGGAUCUGCAAAACAAUAAGGUGCCGCAGUGCGAUGAUGACAAGUUCAGCGAGGUGAUGAGCAAGUUUGCCGAGGAGUGCCGCCAACAAGUGGAUGUGUUAGGCAAAAUGCAAUUGCAAAUGGAGAAACUGUUCAAGGACCUCAGCGAGUACUAUGCCUUCGAUCCCAACAAAUACACCAUGGAGGAGUUCUUCGCGGACAUCAAGACGUUCAAGGAUGCCUUCCAGGCGGCGUACAACGAAAAUGUACGCCAGCGCGAGGAGCUGGAGAGGAAGCGACGUUUGCAAGAAGCCCGAGAGCAAUCCAUUCGGGAGCAGCAGGAACGCCAGAAACACAAGACCGCCUUGGUGGACAUGGAUGGGCCGCAGACGCAGGAGGGCGUGAUGGACAGCCUGCUGGAGGCUCUACAAACGGGCUCGGCCUUCGGGCAGCGGAAUAGACAGGCCCGCCGCCAACGUCCGGCGGGUGCGGAACGGAGGGCCCAACUCAGUCGGAGUCGGUCGCGGACGCGGGUCAACAAUGGCCAGCUGAUGACCCGCGAGAUGAUCCUCAAUGAGGUGCUCGGCUCCGCGUAGUAUCGUUAGUCCAACCAUAUACAUAAAGAGCAAUUUCUUCCUCUGUACAUAUAUAAAUAGACAUCUGUAGCGAUCUAGGGCCUAGGACAUUAGCUAUGUAAAUCGAUGUAUCUGUAUCUAAGUGUGUUGCCUUGUUUACAUCUUAACUCAAAUGGCAUAUCCAUUAGGUUUAGACAAAUUCUGAAAUGCCGGCAGGUGAAACAGCUGCAAAGUGCAAAUUUUUAAUUUGUAUUAUCUUUUAUUUAUUUUUUUGUUUGUUUAAACAUGAAAUUGAAUUAAAAAUGUAA